AGGCUUCGCUGAAGGCUGAAAGAUUUGACAUCGACCAACGCUGGGGACGGGCAACGGUUACGUCUCAAUCCAUACGAUUUAGUUAGUUUGUUGCUUCAGGCUCAAUCGUUAAAUGCUAUUGUGGACUAUUAGAUAUUAUGGUUAAAAUGCGCUAUUGAUUUGGCUAAAACACAGUUGAAACCAAGUUUGUAGGAGACGUACACAGGGAUGCUUUACGAGGCAAAGCGAUGUGGAGUGAAGUUCUCUCCUCCCGCCGUAGUUUUAAUUUAUCAACACACGGAAACCCAAAAGAUACGAAAGAGAAUAAUACCUUUACGGAACUUCUCAAAAUAUUCAGACUACAGCCUGGCUGCUGAGAGGCUGAAGAACAACCCUCGGCACAGGGACUACCUGGAGGCUGUGUCUCAGAGCCAGCUCGAGAAGCUUCACAUCAUCCUGCGAGAUCACAUGCAGGGCCACAGCCUGGAGCACAGCCUCGCCUCGUUCCAGCUGGACCCCGACCAAGACCUGAACAAACUGGACGACGAGGAGCUGGCUCGCAAGAAGGGCCAAAUGGACGAACUGUUUGAGAAAAACCGAAGGCGCAAAGAUGAUGCUGACUUCGUCUAUGACCUGGAAGUGGAGUUCAACAAGUCCACCCGAGAAAAGUGCAGCUGGGAUGACGAGUCUGAUAAUGAAUUUUAACUGUUCCCAUCCCCUAUUUAUACAGGUUAUAUAUAGUAUUGAAUAGUAGUUUUUGUACUUUGUUGCAAUCUGGAAGCUUAUGUACCACUUAUAAAAAGGUACAUAAUUCAUAGAUUAGAUGAAAAAACCCUUCCAAGUUUGUGAAUGCCCUUUGAUCAAUUCACACACAUGUUCCGUCUCAAACUGCAAAGAAAGAUGCUGCAUAAAUAAUAGUGAAUAUUUAUUUGGUAUAAAAUACUGAAUUUUACAAAAUACAAAGACUUUGGCUCUUUUAUUUGUGGCUUACAUCUAUAUGAGGGAUAUUCACAGUAGAAUAUUAAAGAAGAUGCUAAAAUCCUAUUAAAUAAAAUUUGAGCGUUCACCUAUAUGUAAUACAACAAUUAUAUCUUUGGAAAAAACACAGCUUCCAUAAAAUAGUUUCAUCAUACACAAAAUAUAUAUAUGUAUAUAUAUUUUAGGCAUAUGUAUAGAUUUCCAUAUAUGGUUUGAAGCGAUGUACUAUGGCCGAGUGUUAGAUGAGAAACCAAGCCUGCAGUAUCAAACCUCUUCAGGGGAAAUUUCACUCAAAGUGCUUAAAUACCUCAUUCAGCUGACAAGACACUGACCGACUGACCAUUAGUACCACAAUACAUUCAAAAAUGUCGCAGGUCUUUUAGAAAAUAAGUAAAGAAUUAAUUUACAUUGCUUUGCUUGUUUGGUUUAAGCUAAUUAAAAACACAAUUUCUUACAUCAGUAUUAAUUGCAGUCAUUGAUGCGGUGCUGAUGUAUUCCCUAAGGAGGUAGUAACAGAAAACAUAAUUCCUUUUACCACCAUUAUUUCUGUGGAUUUAGGCGUUUAAAACUAUAUUCUCAGCAGGCUGUUAACGUAUUUAAAAAUAGGUAUUUAUAAAAUGGACAUUUCAAGUAUACUAAAGCCACAAUCCAGGAUUUCUGAGUAUGUUGGUUAUGACAAUAUAUAUGUAUAUAGUAUAUGACUUAAUGAGAAUGAGUUUGAUUGGCAAUGAUUUGUGCAUUUUAACUACACUAUCCCGAACAAUUUACCAAAAGUACACAAAAAAGGCAUACUGUAGGUUAAUUAGUUAUUUGAAAGCUAAUGGAAAAAGGAUCUCUUAAAAUCCAGUCGAAAAAACAAAGUAAAGCCAGUACAGGCUGGAUGAUGUUGCCACAAAUGGAGCUAUACUCCAAAUCCGGAUUGGGCUUUUAAAAAUAAGAUGUAUGACUCAACAUUUCUAUGGAGAUUGAUAGAAGGUAAAAUAUAUAUAUUACACUAUUAAUCUACAAAAAAAUACAUACAUCAUUUCUG